GCGCUCAUGGCGAGUUCUUCUAUGAGGGGCGCCGCUUCGACGGACAGAGUAUAGGUGAGGCUGAUUUACAGACCAUCUCGAAGUCGGCUCUGAAAGUGAUCAAGCAAGCGCAUGCUUUCGAACGGCUCGAGGUCAGCAAGGCGCAAGCACUGGAGUUGUUCCAACACAACGAGUACAAGAAGCACUUCAUCAACAAGGCAGACGAGACGGUCACCUUCACAGCCUACAAGAUGGGUGCUCUGGUAGAUCUGUGCAAGGGGCCCCACAUACGUCACACAGGCCAGCUGGGUGCUUUUCACGCCCAUAAAUUGUCGGGUGCCUACUUCCUGGGCGAUCCCAGUCGCGAUCAGCUCCAGCGUGUGUAUGGCGUAGCGUAUCCCGCCGGACCAGACAGCCGUGGUAAAC